GUUGAAUCCUUUUAUUUUUCUAAUCAAAUUUAUUGCACUUUUUUAACAGGAAAAAGCAGACGGCAUGGAUGUUAUCAGCGAAAGCGAUCCUAACGGAUCAAGCAGUGAAGACAAAGCUUCUAAUACUAACUCUAAGGGGGGCACCUCAAAUGGAAACACUGAUGCAAGCCACAGUGAUAGCGGUGACAGUCAUCUGUCUCCGCCAAGCAAGCUAAAGAAAUGCUCCAAAUUUAGUUCUCAAUUCAAUAUUGCAAAGAUGGUCAAAUUGAUCGGAAGAUUGACAGGUCCUCAAAAAGAUACAAUUACAAGCUGUGGGUUUGGUUCAAUCCUCUCCCUCAAAUGUACAUCAAUCCCAAAUGCACUGGUCUUAUGGAUUGCCAAGCAUUAUGAUCCAAAGAGUAGACAGUUCAAGAGUUUUGGCAGCUCAUCUUUUAAGAUUGAUGCAGUUACUGUCCAUCAGAUCCUUGGUAUUCCAUUUGGAGGAAAGAAAGUCCCAAACAAAUCAUCUAGUUGUGCAAAGUCUGCCAUUCUGAAAGAUACAAAUUAGCAAAACCAAGCUGCCAAA